AUGGCUAUACUACGUCUGGGGCCGCCCAUACAAACAUUAUCCAAGCUGGACCAUUUUUUAAUACCAUUACGCAGUGCUUCGGUAGUAACCUUGUCUUCACCCUCGACAUUGCUUCAAGCUUUUGAGCUUUAUCUUUGCUCAACGGUUCACUGGGGAAUGUUAAUUCAUUGGCUUCGGCUAGAGUACGGAGAUCAAAGUAGUACUUAG